UCCAAUUUUCAUUUUCAUUCUGCGCGAUGGAACCCUAAAGUUUUAUACCUCUUCUCUCGUUCCCUUCGCUCAUUACCCCCACGGCAACAGCUCACCAACAAACCGGAGCAGCCUCAUCGCCUCGACCGAUAACCAAACAAAGGACCACCCCACACGGUGGUCCUUAAACCACAAAUCAACACCCAACGAUGGCAAGUGCCUGGGUUUUAUACCCUUACAGAGGAAGGAAAAACAAACAAUAAUGGAGCACUCAUGGGCACGUUAUGGGACUUGCACAACUUAGUGGAGCAGCAUGGGUGAGACAAGUAUGGGUGGUGUCCAGCAUGGUGCUUCUUGUUGGUGCCUGACAGGUAUGGGUGGGGCAUGGGCAGCAUUAGUGUAGUUGGUUGGUGAGGACAAAAUUUGGUGUCUACAGGAUGCUAAUAAUCUUCCAUCACCUGAUAAAGUAGCACGACUGGUUCAAAACCACAACAUUCAAUACGUCAGGAUUUAUGAUACCGAUCGCCAAGUUUGAACGCCUUUAAGAACACCGGCAUUGAAUUGACGGUGGGCGUUCAUAAUUCAGAAUUACCGGCGUUCCAGUCCCAACCAUACGUAGUUUCCUGGCUCACAAAUAGCAUCCUCCCAUUCUACCCGGCUGCUAAGAGCCUAAGAUCACCUACAUAACUGUAGGUAACGAAGUGACCGAAAGCCCUGAUGACUCAGCCAAAUUGGUUGUGACUGCCAUGAAAAACGUCGUUUCAGCAUUGAAAACGUUUAACCUCCAAGAUAGUAUCAAGGUCUCAACUGCACUCUCCUUUGGGGUUUUAUCUAAUUCAUUCCCACCUUCUGAUGGGGCUUUUAAUAGUAACCUUGCAUUUGUCUUGGAUCCUUUGUUGGAAUUCCUGAAUGAGAACAGAUCACCUUUUAUGGUCAAUAUAUAUCCUUAUUUUACUGUUAAGGACGAUUCCUCUUUGAAAUUUGCUCUGUUUGAGCCAUCCGACCGAGCCUUUGUAGAUCGGAAUGGUUUCCGUUAUGACAACAUGUUUGAUGCUCAGUUAGAUGCCGUGCAUUUUGCCAUCCUCAAUCAAUUCAGAAGAACCAGGAAGGUAUCUGACGCCCAACUAGAUGCUGUUCAUUUUUCCUUGGCCGAUCAAAACUACAAUGACAUGAAGACUGUUGUUAUAGAAUCAGGCUAUCGUACGAGAGGUCCACCACGAGAUAAGUAUUCUACUAUUGAUAAUGCCAUGACUUAUAAUAAGAACUUGAUUCAUCAUGUUACCUCUGUUUCUCGUACAACUGCCAUGCCUGGUGAAGUUCAUGUUAUGUCUGGUACACCUGCUAGGCCUAAUGUAGAGGUAGAUGUGUACAUUUUCUCCUUGUUUAAUGAGAACCAGAAGGACGGAUCAGAAAUAGAGGGAUACUGGGGUAUAUUUUAUCCGGACAUAACACCUGUAUAUAAUCUGGAGUUCCCUGGAAAAGGAACCAAUCCAACUCCAAGCGGGAGAAGCUGGUGUCAUUUCCAAUACUAGUGGUAUAAC